AUGGACCCAGAAAUGUUGUGGAGAACCAUAGAGGACUAUGUAGCGGUUGUGGCAAGCCCGUACUCUGCCCAUCAGCGACUGAAUUUAGCCACACGAAUGGUCCUCGUGUUGGAUGAGUGGAUCCCGCGAUUUCCGCAUUUGGGGCUGGUGGCCCCCGCUCACGCCCCCGCUCCAGAGACUGCUCUAGCCACUGUCCCCAUGGUGAUGGGUUUCCAGGCGGCCUGCCUGGCUCCAGGCCGACAGGCGGCGCAGUUAGCGGGUUUUCCUGCCCCAAUCUUCCCAGUGUUCCCUCAGAGCUCCCUAGUUCCGUCCCUCCUCCUGAGACCCCGCCUCUUAGUGCGGCCCCCGAGACUCCUCAUCACCGUCUCCCACCACGGACGACCACCGGACUUCCCCGUGGGCUCAGCCCCUAGUGCCGGGGACGGCCCCCUGGACCUUCCCCAGGAGUAUGCCUCCUGUGUUUCCGCCCACCCUGUUAAACCAGGGCUGACUGUGUCUCCAUCAUGGCUGAAUCCUGCAGCCUCAGUGACUCUGAGCUGUGAGGUUAAACCUUCAUCUGCAGGAUGGAGGUUCUACUGGUAUAAAAUUGUUCCUGAUCUGUCACUGAACAACUACAGACCUGAGCUGCUGCCUGAUCCUCAUCCAGCAGCUUCUCUCUCAGUGAGUCCUGACAGAGAGCAACACUUCACCUCUGAGUCUGUGACUCUGAACUGUGGAGGAAACUCUGCUAAAUGGAGAGUGAAGGAGUUUAGAGAAAUAAUCUCUGGUCGCCAGUUGUCAUAUUGCUCCAACUGGUGGGAGAUGACUGGAUCCUCAUGUACCAUUAACAGUCACUGGUCCCAUAAAGCAGUGUACUGGUGUGAGUCUGUAUCAGGAGAGUUCAGCAAUGCAGUCAACAUCAGCAUAAAUGAGGCACCAGAUUCAGUCCUGACUGUGUCUCCAUCAUGGCCGAGUCCUGGAGCCUCAGUGACUCUGAGCUGUGAGGUUAAAGAUUCAUCUGCAGGAUGGAGGUUCUACUGGUAUAAAGCUGUUCCUGAUCUGUCACUGAACAACUACAGAUAUGAGCUGCUACCUGGUAACAUCAGUGGGACUGUAGAGAACUCCUUCAUCAUUACUGGACAGAAACACACAGCAGGAUUUGCAUGUAGAGCUGGAAGAGGAAACCCAGAAUAUUUCACUAAAUACAGUGAACCAAAGUUCAUCUGGUCUGCAGAUCCUCAUCCAGCAGCUUCUCUCUCAGUGAGUCCUGACAGAGAGCAACACUUCACCUCUGAGUCUGUGACUCUGAACUGUGGAGGAAACUCUACUGAGUGGAGAGUGAAGGGGUUUAGAGAAAUAAACAAAUGGUCAUUACUGUCAGAUUGCUCCAACUGGUGGAAGAUGACUGGAUCCUCAUGUACCAUUAACAGUGACUGGUCCCAUAAAUCAGUGUACUGGUGUGAGUCUGUAUCAGGAGAGUUCAGCAAUGCAGUCAACAUCAGCAUAAAUGAUGAAGAUCUUCUCCUGGUGAGCCCCGUCCAUCCUGUGACUGAAGGAGCUUCUGUUACUCUGAGCUGCAGACUGAGAGGAGAAAACCAACUUUCUAAUGUGUUUUUCUAUCAUAAUGACAAACUGAUCCAAAAUGACAGCAGAGGAGAGCUGAAUAUCUCUGCAGUGUCUCAGUCAGAUGAAGGUUUCUACAAGUGUAAACAUUCAGGAAAAGUUUCACCUCAGAGCUGGAUGGCAGUUAAAGCUUCUCCCAGACCUGAAAACACAUCAUUUCCUGUUCUGUUGCUCAUUGGAUCAGUGAGUGGAGUCAGUCUGAUUAUUCUCCUGAUAUGUUGCUUCAAACAGUCAAAAGACGCAGAUGACGCCCAAGAUGUCACCUACUCUCUGAUUGAAUUUAAAAACUCUGGACACAGGAGUGAGUUCCUCUACUACAUGCAUUACGCAGGAUAA